GGAGUAUAAGACCGGGAGGGAGCGGCCCGGGACAGACCGGUGCAGACCUCGGAGCCGGAGUCCCGCAGAGUCCAGCGCUGUCCGUCCAUCCGCCCGCGUCCAGUCCGUCCGCGCACCUCGCGCCACCAUGACUCGGGGUCCAGGCCUCGCGCUGCCUCUGCUGCUGCUCCUGGCGGCGGCGACCGGCCAGGCCGCCGCCCAGGACAACUGCACGUGCUCCACCAAUAAGAUGACCGUGUGUAGCCGGGUUUCCCCGGGCGGCCGCUGCCAGUGCCGCGCGAUCGGCUCGGGCUUCGAAGUGGACUGCUCCACGCUCACCUCCAAGUGCCUGCUGCUCAAGGCGCGCAUGGGGGCCCCCAAGGCCGGCCGCAAGCUGGUGCGCCCCAGCGAGCACGCGCUGGUGGACAACGACGGCCUGUACGACCCGGACUGCGACCCCGAGGGCCGCUUCAAGGCGCGCCAGUGCAACCAGACGGCCGUGUGCUGGUGCGUGAACUCGGUGGGCGUGCGCCGCACCGACAAGGGCGACCAGAGCCUGCGCUGCGACGAGCUGGUGCGCACCCACCACAUCCUCAUCGACCUGCGCCACCGGCCGGCCGCGCGCGCCUUCAACCACUCGGACCUGGACGCCGAGCUGCGGCGGCUCUUCCGCGAGCGCUACCGGCUGCACCCCCGGUUCCUGGAGGCCGUGCACUACGAGGAGCCCACCAUCCAGAUCGAGCUGCGGCAGGACGCGGCGCAGAAGGGCCCCGGCGACGUGGACAUCGCGGACGCCGCCUACUACUUCGAGAGGGACGUCAAGGGCGAGUCCCUGUUCCAGGGGCGCAGCGGCCUGGACGUGAGCGUGCGUGGCGAGCCCCUGCAGGUGGAGCGGACGCUCAUCUACUACCUGGACGAGAAGCCGCCCCAGUUCUCCAUGAAGCGCCUCACCGGCGGCCUCAUCGCCGUCAUCGUGGUGGUCGUGUUGGCCCUGGUCGCAGGCGUGGCCGUCCUGGUCAUCACCAACCGGCGGAGGUCUGGCAAGUACCGGAAGGUGGAGCUCAAGGAACUGGGGGAGAUGAGAAAUGCGCCCAGCUUGUAGGUACGGGCGGGGCUGGGGCGGGAUGGGGUACGGGAUUCUAAGCUGCAGGGCUCCCAGACCAAAGGGAGUCUUCAUCCUUUUUGACUCUGGCCCAAAUGAGACAUUUCUCUCCCCAAAUUCCUGUCUCUCUGCUCACCCCACCAACUCGAUAGAUCCUGGUAUGGGAGUCGCUUUCCUUGGAGACUUCUGUCUUGAAGAAAGCAUUUCUACAAUCCCUUCCCUCUCCCUCCAACCAGACUCGAAGAGUGAAGAAAGGGCUGGCAGAGGGUGUUGUGUGAGAAUCCAGUGUCUGUGCGACAGCCCAGCAACUUGACAAGGGACGUCAUCGGUGUGGAAGGCUUACGUGCGUUGAGAUGGGAAACAGAGCUUUCACUAGUCUUGGGUUUAAGUUACUUAAUUACCGCACGGCCUUCCUGACAAGGAUAUCGUUGAUUGGGCCGGGAUUGCAUCUGCAUUUACCCCCGUUUGCUUGGCCGGCCACACGCACUUGUCCCUGGGAAAGAAGUCUGUUUCCGUGGCCAGAACACACUUCAGUCUGUCUAAGGGCGGACUCGGCCUGAAACUCCGCUUCUAGCCUUCAGCCCGUCUUUGUUACAGAUGACAUUAGUAAUGUUUCUUUUGUAAAAUGUUUGUACAUAUGUUGUCUUUGAUAAUGCUACUGUGAUUUUUUUUUUAAACACGAAUUUAAUAAAACAUGGGAAAGGCACAAAAGAUGGAGUUAGUGAAAACUCGCUCUAGAUUUAUGUCAAUUUACUCU